UCUCUUGAAGGUUCGUAGCUGUGCCCCUGAGCCAAAAGAUGGGGCUGAAGGAGAAGCUGCUAAGGAAAGCUUCUCCCAACCCUGUGCUGGAGGCUUUCUACGCUGCACACCACAGGAGCCCCAAAGAGGGCGAGCUCAGUGGUCUGGCCAAGCAGUGUGACCUGCAGCCCAGGCAAGUGGAGAGGUGGUUUCGGUGCCGUCGGAAUCAGGACCAGCCGAGCCUGACGAAAAAGUUCUGUGAAGCCAGCUGGAGAGCCACCUUUUAUUUAACGGCUUUCUGCAUAGGCCUGGCCACCUUAUAUGAUAAACCCUGGUUCUGGGAUCAUCGUGAGUGCUGGACCGGGUACCCGCAGCAGCGGCUCCUCUACUCCACCUUUGGCUUCUACAUGCUGGAGCUCUCCUAUUUCUGCUCCUUGGUCAUCACAUUGCCUUUUGAUGUCAAACAGAAGGACUUUUACCAGCAAAUUGUCCACCACGCUGCCACCAUUCCGCUCAUCAUCUUCUCGUAUUGUGCCAACUAUAUCCGCAUCGGCACACUUGUCAUAAUCAUACAUUUAUCAUCUGAAUGUUUGCUGGAGCCCACCAAGAUAUUCUACUACCUGAAAUGGCGCCGAAUCUCUGAUGGUCUGUUUAUCAUUUUCUCCGCCGUUUUCCUGCUUACCCGGCUGGUUAUUUUUCCUUGCAUGGUAAUCUACAGCACAUAUUACUACUUCAUUGAAAUCUACCAGCCCUUCUUUGGCUACUACCUCCUGAAUGGCCUCCUGAUGGUCAUCCAAUUACUGAAUAUCUUCUGGUCCUGCAUGAUCAUCCUCAUGGUCUACAGGUUCAUCCUCCAUGGCACAAUGGAAGGGGACCUGAGGAGUGAUACAGAAGACAGUGAGAAUAAUGAGGAAGAGAUGGAGCAGGAGAAGGAAGCCAAGAGGAACGGGGUCCCCCCUCACAGCCCAAACAGUACAGCUGCUGCCUUGGCAUUGGAGGGCGGUCUCAAUACAUUUCUGCCCGCCCUCAUCACCCACCAGCUAGUGGCCCCCAGACUGCGCAGCACUAGACCGACCGAGAAGAAGUUCUCUCACACGGCCAUGGCAGCAGCCCCGCGCUGCCUGCCUCUCUUGGGGCUAAGAAGCCUUUGCUGGCGCCCCAGUGGACUUGGAAGGGGGAGCGCGCCUAGAAAGUUCCGUGCGGUGGCACCUCCCCGGGGGCUGGAGCUGCGGGGCAUCUACCCACCCCUGGCCACUCCCUCCACCUCGCAAGGCGAAGUGGGUGACAUCCGGUUGGAAGAGGACGUGCGCCUUUAUGCCGGACUUCCCUUCCGAGGUAGGGGCAGCAGCAGAAGGGACGCGGCGGCAGUGGGCUCCCUCGAGGGUUGA